AUGGGUGGAGUAGAUGUCUCAUUCUUGCCUCCUCCAAAUCCAGGAGCCGCCCCUCCACCGAAGAAGUCUGCCACGCCUCGCACUUCACCGACGCCACCCGCGGCUCCAGCAUCGCCUGUGGCUGCUAGGGAGCCCUGCGCAGGGGCCCCUUGGCCAUACGGGGUAGCUCCUGAACCGUCGAAGCCGCUGAGCCCAGCGAAGCUCAUGAUAGACCCGCAGGAUUCCUGCAGUGGUUAUGUGCCAGUUGUAAUUCAGAGCGCAGCAGAAGACAUGAACUUGCCGCCUCAGCAACACUACGGGCCAGACCUGGGGCCCCAGUCCGACGGGGGCCCCACAAAGCCACUCGUGGGACGAGAAAUGGUUCAGGACAACAUUUUCGCGCUUCUCUCUAGGGGAGCGUCCCUCCACAAAUGCAGCGCCUCCCUUGAUUCCCCUCUGCUGCAAAAACGGCACCAACGAGAAGAGCAGCCACAUGAACCGCAGCAGCAGAAAAAAGCCCCUGCAGAGGAUGGGAGGACGAAGGGGCAAGUAGAAUCUGCGAUGCCCUGCUCGGCGGAGUGCGUCCGUGCUCGGCACUCCAUUGCCGUAAAGGGCCUAAAUGUUGUCCCCUCUCCUUUCCUUUCUUUUGGCGAUCAGAUGCCCUCCGGAACAGCGACAGCAGAUGCCAGGGGCAUCCUCUCCGAUGGCGAUCAAAACUCUGAAGAGGGCCCUAGCAGGCUUCCCGCUUGGCUUGUCUCCCGCCUGCAGUCUCUUGGUUACAAGCAGCCGACCCCCAUUCAGAUGCAGGCGCUGCCUCUACUGCUGAAAGGACACCACAUGCUGGCCUCGGCCCCGACCGGUAGCGGGAAGACCCUUGCUUUCCUGCUUCCUCUUAUUGCCUGUUUAAAGGAUAGAUGCUUUGUUCAGGCAGUGAUAUUCCCAAACCUUUUAGCAACCAUAGGGAAAAGCGUGUGCAUCCGUUUUCUGUGGAACGUCCUGCGGCUUGCGUUCGGCUCAGACGGCACAGGCUUCAAAGCUGCAUUUCCUCAGUCACAUCCAGGGGCUCGAUACGGCGCUGCGGAUGCUGUUUUCGCGACUCCUUUGGCUCUGUUGACGUUGCUAAGGGAGAAGAGGCUGUUGCUGACGGACUGCAACCAUCUUGUUCUCGACGAGGCAGAUCGGCUUCUUGAUUCAGACUUUUCUCCCCAAGUCGAUGCAAUCCUUUCCGAGCUUAAGAGCGCAGCAUCGAGCACGAAGCGAUUGCAUAUUUGUCUCUUUUCCGCUACGCUACCUCCUUCUGUAGUGCUCCUGGCCGAGUCGAUCGCUUACGGUGCUGUCCACCUGAGUGUCGGGAGGGCCAGCGCCGCGGCUCCUCAAAUUGAGCAGGAGUUGGUAUUCUGCACAACUGAGGCUGGCAAGCUCUGGGCGCUGAAGACACUUCGCCUGGAGAGACGGCUCAUACCCCCCUGUUUGAUCUUCGUUGAGACGCAAGAACGGGCAAGUGAGUUGUUGAAGGAAAUGCUUUCUGACGGCAUGCCAGUAGACUUAUUGCAUGCGGCAAAAAGCAAACAGCAGAGGGAUGCAACCGUGGACGCUUUCAGAAUCGGAAAGAUAUGGUUCCUGAUUUGCACUGACCUCGUGGCCCGCGGCAUCGACUUUAAAGGCGUUGCCCUCGUAAUUAACUUUGACCUACCCGCUUCCACUUCGGUGUAUAUUCACCGAAUUGGCAGAACUGGCAGAGCUGGCAAGGAGGGGAAGGCGCUGACAUUUUUCACGUUGGAAGACGUUCCCAGACUACGCCCAAUAGUGCAGAUAAUGCAGAAGAGCCCCAACAGCAAAAUUCCAUCGUUUUUAAGAUCUAAGCUAACUCGCAAUCUGAAGGUCAAGGGACAUCAGAACUACAGGAGUAAUGCACCUCUCCAGAAGCUAACGGGGUCUCGCCGUCGUCGGAAGCCCAUACGGCCGAUUGCAAGAGCAGUAGCCAUGAAGGCUAAGAGACGAUCCUGGGCCAUCGCCGCGUCUCUCGCCAAAAAGAAGCGAGCGCAAGUGACCGAAACUGCAAGUGUUGAAGUGCCCGAUGGUACAAGUGCAACGGCGGCAAGCAGCGCUAACAGAGACAGGGAAACCAAAGCCGGGAAGGAGAAGAAGACACGACAAAAGCACGUAGUCACGGCAAACCAUAAAGUGUCUAAGACCAAAGUAGCGCUUUCUUCUAGUAAGAAGCAUCCUGCCACCCGAACUGUACGUCGGGGAGGUUGCCAGCGGUCAGCGGCACAGCCAAAAGACAAAGGCUAG